AUGGGUGACCUUGAUAUUAAAUUUCUGUUACAACAGAAGAAGGCUGAAAAACUCAAAGCUUUGGAAGCAGCUAGAACCACGGUACCGCCGGCUUGGGACGCAAAAUAUAUCACAACCAAGGAAGGGCAUGAUGGCGAAUUCGAAUCAAACGCCAAUUUUGAUUCAGACAAUGAGACUUCCGCCAAUACAGCCUCGCCUCAACAGCUAUUUGGAUUCAACUAUGAACCCCAAAGUCUAUCGUCGACCAAUCCAAAACCUUUGAGGAAGGACGAGCUUUCAAAAUCAUCUACUAUACUCACAUCAAUCGAACCCGACAAGCGACGAUUCUUUCGCCCCCUAGCAGACGCCAUCACAUCAUCUAGUGGUGACCAGCUCGGCAAAAUACUUCUGCGUUUAUGUGUCGAGUAUCCCGACGCUAGAGCAGUGGUUGAAUCUUUGCUUGCGGAUACUAUCGAUGAUAUCUUCAUCGAAAAUCCACAUCCAUUACUUCGCAUUAGCUCAAACUCGAGAAUCGAGCAGUCCUCACAAAAGAUUUCACCCAUCAAGAAAGCCUUGGAAAAUCCGUUGUUGCCAAUUGCGUUAAACAAUAAAAAUCAGAAAGAGGAACAAAGGCCACUUAUCGCGAAGUCUGCUAGAGAUGACCCAAAAUCGCCUCCAGCCGUACUUGCUAUCGUGAAGCCUAUCAGAAAAUUGCCAUCAGUACCUCAACCCCCCAUUUCUCCAUGUAACUCAGUGGUCAGCGAAAAGCGCAAACGGGAGGAACUUGCAGAUGCUUUGAUUGUCUCUCCGCCACAGAAAAAAUCAAAACCAUACUUUGUCAUUCCUAAGCAUUCAAAGAAGGAUAUUCCAUUGUACGAAAAUAAAGAUACAAUUCCACAAUCAAAGUUGCUGUCGUCAAACUCUCUAAGCACCUCCGAACGCUUCAAACCACCCAAGUCUAUCGAAGCUUUGCAACCUCUUUCUGAUUUCGGUAACAAAAUGGAUGUUGGAGGAGAACAGUCUGAUAAAUAUACUUGUUCAGUCUGUCAUCAAGAAUUUGGUAUGAAGAAAAGCUUGGAGCGGCAUCUGAGAGGUGUACAUAAAACAGAAGGGGAGCCAUUCGGAUGUUCUAUUUGCACCAAAAAGUAUGCUCUUCGGGACUAUCUUUAUCGCCAUCUGACCUCUUUUCAUACAACUGGUUCGAAAUGUAAUGCUUGUGGACUCUCAUAUCCAGAUGGCGACAUUUUGAGUACACACAUGAGAUCUGUACAUGGCGUACAGGCAGUCGAAGACAAAAAGGCCAAGGAACCUUCAACUGCACUAAAUCCUGCUAAGAAGCAGGUCCGUUUCCAAGAGGAUUCGAUGAAAGAGCGGAAGUCCUGA